AAACAUUUUCACUUUAGUCGUAAUUCAGGUCGCAACAAAGGACGCAGUAUCGCGGUAGUCUGUGCGUUACAUAUAAAAAAGUAACAGAGAGAAGCAGCAAGCAAGAGAAUAAGAGCCAGCUAAAUCUCAAAAUCCAUUGAGCCAUCAAGACGAGAAAUUUUUUUUCCCAUCACAAAAUUUUUCAACCCAGCCAACGACAACCGUAGAUAACAUAUUUUUUGCGCGAUCUAUUACAACCAGAGAGCGAUUUCAUCGUUUUAUUCUGUGAAAUUAAUUCAUUAAUGAAUUUUUGAAGAAAAAAAAGUAAAAAAUUUGAAAGAAAAAUUAUUUUGCUAAAGGACUUUAUUUGCGCGAAUUUAAAAAAAAAAUUAAUAAGUGUUGCUCAGAUACAUUAUUCAAAGACAUUCACUCAACAGAUGUUAGAGAGUUGAUUUUUUUUAAUUCUCCAUUUCAUUUGGUUUUUUUUUUCUUUUAAUUUAAAUAUUCUUCUUGUGUGAAAGAACAGUUGAACGUGAAAGAACACUAAAAAGAAUUUGAAUAACAUUUUUUGGACAAUUAAAAUUACAAAAAAAAAAGAAAUACAUAAAUAUUUUUUCCUGGAUCACUUGGAACUAUCAUAAAUUGUGACGCGAGUGUAAAAGUAUUCCUGCUACACCGAUUUUUCAGCAAUAACAACGUUCAUUUUCCAAAGUGCAAUUUUAAUUUUUGUGUACCGGUUCAACUACACAUACACACAGCGGAAAAUCACCUUGGAGGCAAGAGAUUCGCCACAAUUUGAUAAUAACAACAAUAAAAAAAAGCGGGAGAGAGAUUGGAAAAGAGAUAGAAAUACGACCAAUCCCCAAACAAUUCAUAUAAACAAUUUUAACUUUUAACCGAUACCCAUUGUGGUUUUUAAAUUAAUUUUAUGUUGAGCUAUAAACGAAUUCGAAAAAUAAGCGAGAUGUUUGAUGAUUCUAGUACGCAGAUCAAUAUGAAUUUUAACGAUCAAUUUAACUUUGACGCCGACAUGGAUUGGAAAUAUGAAGCACUGAACUUCCCAGCAUCGGAGUUCAGCAUCGAAUCACAAUUCGAUUUUGGUUUGGAUAUAUUCGACGAACCAUUAUCGCCACAAAGUCAAAUCCGUAAUCAUGACUGCAUGUGGUCCGGACGGUGUACAACACAUCCAAAUGAAUGCUUGAACAGCCGAAACAAUUGCAAUAAGAAUAAAUUGGCGGCCAUACAACAAACAGCAUCGACGUCACAGCAAAAACAACAACAAUCACACAACGCAUCAUUAUUGCAAAAACAACAGAAAAGCAUUCAACAAAAGAACAAACAUAAUAUUCCGGCUGGUCAAUCGUUGCUACGACAAAUAAAACCGAUUGCAAUUCAUGUGCCGAAAAUUACCACCAAUGACUUCCUCAACAAUCGUGAUUUCAUCGCACGUCCAGACACUCCAUUGAGCUUGGAUGAUGAUGUUCCCGAAUUUAAACACAAUAUCGAUUUGGCAGCAUGCACCGUUGGUUCGAAUAGAAUGAGUUUAAUCGAAGAUUCACCAACCGAAAUCAUAAACAUUUUGAAAGAACAUUUGGAAGACACAAGCAGCAAUCGCACACCACAAGUCACCGGUUAUAUACGAGCUGAUGCAGAUGAUUUAGAUGAAAUUAUCAAUGACAUAAAAAGCUUACCCGAUUUUGAAAAUCAAUCCGAAGACGAAGAAAUUACCGAUGAAAGUGAUGCGACCAACGAUAGUUUUAGUGCAAACAACACAAUGGCUUCGAUACCGCCGCAACAAAUACAACCGACCACGAUCAAAAACACAAUCACAGCCUACGAAAUUACACAAAGUAUGCACAGUGACCACAGCUACACAAGAAAUAAAAACCGAGUUGAUGUCAUCGGAUUGGGCGUACAAACACCAUCUGAUUCAGAAGAAGAAAUUGACGUUGUGUCUGUUGGCGAUAAGAAUUUACCAACAAAUCCAUCGGCUCGUGAUCGUCGUGCAUUGCAAAAUAAAAUCACCUCACGUAUGGUUAAAACAACAACAACCGGUUCACAUACGAUAGACCGUCGACGCAUUUCAAAUGGUUCAUCCGAUGAUUCGGCAUAUGCGAGUAAAGGUUCACCGGAAAUUGCAUCGCCAAAUGUUGUUGGUUCACCAAUUCGAUUAGUCGCAUCACGUAAACGUGUUAGUCCACCAACUCCCGUUGCCCAAAUUCCAACCGCAAAACGUUCGAAAGUUUGCAAAAAAGUCACACCAAGCCCAACAAAUGGACGCAAUGCAUCGACGUCCAACGGUGGUGGUAGCGGUGGUAGUGGUGCCAGCAAACGUAAUCAAACAGUUGACAAUGGCGAAGAAUUGGGAACGAUAGAAAAGCGAAAUUUGCACAAUGACAUGGAACGGCAACGUCGUAUCGGUUUGAAAAACCUUUUCGAAAACUUAAAAGACAAAAUUCCAUCAUUAUGCGAAAAAGAGCGUGCACCAAAGGUAAAUAUUUUGCGUGAGGCAACAAUUUUAUGCAGUCGAUUGGCACAUGAAGAUGAAGACUAUGACCACCAAAUACGCCGACGACAUCGAUUACAACAGAGGCUCAAAUAUUUGCGCGAACAAAUGGCUGCUCGCGGUAUGUAUUGAAGAACAUCCGAAUUUUGUAUCAUGUGAGAACCAAAAACAAAAAAACAAAAACUACGACAAGAUACAGAAGAUCGAGACGAACCAAACAUUUAUUUUAUUUAAAUCGAAUAAGAACAUAAUGAUGAAAAAAGAAGAACGAUGGAGAGAAAGAGAUCAAACUCGGAGAGAAGAGAAAAAAUGAUAACAAAUAAAUAAUGCAUUAUUUACAUUUAUGAUCAUCACCAAAACCAUUACCACCAGAAUGGAAAACAAUUCAAACGAACCAGUUUUCGAUGCGAUUGAUUCGAAUUUUUUUUUUUUUAAGAAAUUUUUACCGAAACAAAAAAAAACAACUAAUUUUUUGUUUUGCUUUUAAAACGAUAAUAUACACAAAACAAAAAUUUCUUAUCCACAUUGAACUUUCUCGACGCUGUCACUGCCUCAGUCGAGACUCAGAUGCGAGUGUAAAUAUAUGAUCGAAAUGAAAAAGCAGUAACAACAAUGACGAUUGAAAAUGAACCAUUUUUGAGUCAAAUACUAAUUUGUGCGGAGCACAUUAGGAUAUGAUGUCGUUGUUUUCCAAAAAUAGACCCCAUCAACAAGAAACGGCCAGCCCCGGAGCUGAUUCGAAUAUACAAAACUCAAAUACACGCCCGGUGCGCGCUAAAUGACAUGGAUGCGAGAACAUUUGCAAGAAAUACAACAACAACAACAAGGCAACGAUCGCAAAAUUCAAUGUUUGUACGCUUUUUACUAUUUACUACUUGAUGAUAUAUAUAGAGAAGAAUUAAAUGAAGAAAAAAAAUGUAAAACAAGAAAAUUAGGUGAAUAGCAAUUUAAGAAGUAGAAUAUUACAACAACAAAUUAUAUGCUUUUUUUAAAAGAAAUACUAUAUGAUAUAACAACAACAUUAUUACUAUGCAUAAAACACACACACAUAUAUUAUCACAUAAACAAUUUAUGGACAUUUAAGUAAUAAUAAUUAAUAAUAUCGAGAUAUAUUAAAAAAAGAAUGGCAAAUGUAAAGAUGAUGUGUAACCACAAAUUCGAUAGAUGAAAAAAAACCAUCAAAUCAAGCUAAAACAGACGCGUACACACUGUUGCGCUCACGUUAGCGCACACACACACUUGCUGCCACUGCUUCUUGGUGGUAAAAAAAAGAAUUAUUAUAUUUGAAAAAUAUAUAUCGAUAUUUUGUUAGAAGCUAUUUUUUAAUUGCAGCUUAAUUGAAAAUAUGCAAAAGAAACCUUCAUUAAAAUGAAGAAGCGUAAUGAUUUGAUGAGAGAAGUAGCAAACAGCAACAACAACUCUUGAUUAGAAAUAAUGAUGUAAUUAAAGAGUAUGAAAACAAUUUGAAGAAGUAAAAAAAACACACACACACACAGAUUAGAUAAUUAUGAUAUAAAAUUAUAUUACAAAAUUAAUAUGAAUAUUACUAAUAUGAAAGAAAUGUUUCCUUAACCUCUAUUGAAAAGUGAGCUUUUGCUUUAGAAAUAACAUUGAACGUUUUUUUUAUUUAAAGAAAAAAAAUUAAGCUUAUAUUCUUGAAUGAUGAUAAAAAAAAAACUAAGAUAAAGAGUGUGUUUCAUUAGAGAGUAUAACAAAAUAUUCUAUUAUUAUUACUAUUAUUACACGGUUUUGAAUUUAAACAAGAAUUAAACAAAAAAUCCUAUAAAUGAAUGUAUCUAAAAAAAAAUGAAAAGAGUAAAAACUAGAAACGUAGGUUUAGACACCGAAAAAAUAAUAAUUAAUCUGAUUUUUGAAAGAUUAGUGCGUUUUGCCAGUGCAAAUGAAAUUCUACAUAAAAAAAGAAAACCAUUGUUAUUGCACACUGCCAUUCAUUUCAACCAUCAUGUUGAACAGAGGUAGAGAUAAUCGCAGACAAAAACCAUCAUUGGCAAAAACACACAAAAUUACACAAACAUAAUAUAUUAUAACAACAUUAUUACUCCCCCUAUUAUAUUCUUAAUUUGUUUUUAUUAUAAUAAAUCUUUU